GUCUGUAUCUCCAAGCAAGGAUAUGAAAAAGGCGACGUGUUUCUAGUCUGUGAUGCAGGAGGAGGCACGACCGACAUCAAUAUCCUCAAAAUCAAGAACACAGAGCCUGGACAGCACGAAAUCGAACCCCUUGACUGGGUAGAAGGUACCGCAGUCGGGUCGACACUUAUUGACUUCAAGAUCGAGGAACUCAUUGUAUACCGACUUGAACACAUCCAGAGGCAUCUCUCUGCUCCUGCUGAGCUUCUAGCUGAGAAAAUGGUCAACUCUUCCGGCUUCCAAACAUUCAAAGGUAGCUUCGGCCUGGAUGCACAAGAAGGACUCGAUCUUUUCCUUACUGUACCCACUCUUGCGAUUGGUCUCGACUUUCCCGAAAGCAACAUUCAAGACUCAAGAAUGAGGAUCACGAGGGAAGAGUUCCAGCGAGUCUUCGAUGAGCGCAUCGAGAAGGUCUUCGAACUCAUUGAUAUCCAAAUUAAGCAACUUCAGAACACUCAUGCACGCGAGAGUAUCAACUACUUGAUACUUUCUGGGGGACUCGGGAGUUCGCCCUACGUGAAGCAGCGUAUGCGCAAGCGUUACGAACAGAAUGCAGACAUGAAUCUCUACAAUGCUCGGGAUAUCAAGAUCCUGACUGCACCUGAACUACAACUAGUUGUGACUCGCGGACUUGUUAUGGACCGUGUGCAGAAGCUCAAAGGGACUAGCGGUGUCUAUCCUGAAAAGUGCUGUCGGAACAGUUAUGGAUUGGUUGUUCGCCUACCAUAUGAUUCGGCUCAGCACAUCGGAGAAGACGUAUCUAUAGAUCCGAGAGAUGGUAAGAAGUGGGCAGAGAAGCAAGUUCAUUGGUUCAUUCGCCAGGGUCAGAAGGUCUCUGUCGAACAAGGCAUAAGCGAGCCCUAUCGAUUGAAGAUCAAUCUCGGUCAAGAGACAGUUCCUUGGAGGACCCAGGUUGUGAUGUGUAGUCUUCCAGCUGCACAACUUCCAAAGAGCAUAAAGCACCAUGCCGUAAAGUCGGUCUGUCACAUCGAGUCUGUUCUCGAUCCUCUUGACAUGAAGUUGAAGAACAGACAGUGGUACAAUUUCAAACCGCGCUACAAGCGUGCUCAAUUUGUUCUCAAAGUUCUUUUGGGAUCUGCAGAUAUGAGGUUCCAGCUCUGGGGUAAUGGGCAACGACUUAGCAGAGAUCAUGAAGAGAUUGAAGUGAUGUGGUACGCUCCAACAGAACAGGGAGAUGCUUCAACAGAAAAGGGAGACAUGAGCAAGGUUGUUGUGCAAGACACAUUCGAGAUGUACCCAGUCUGA